AUGGUUGCCACUGGACACAAUGUCGGCAUCGCGUUUGCGCUCAACAUCGCCGCGGGCCUCGCCACGUGCAUCGGCGGAUCGGUCGUGUUCAGCAAGAGCCUCGUGCACCUUGCGAGCCCAAAGAGUCUGUCGGUGGCGCUCUCCCUGUCAGCGGGGGUGAUGCUCUUCAUUUCGCUCGUAGAAAUCUUCGGCAAGAGUGUCGAGGGAUUCACGGCGGGCCUUGGCGAGGACAACGCUGACGGCGAGUACGAAUGCGACCAGACAUGCCAGGGCAACUCGUGGCUCGCGGGCACAGCGUGCUUUGUCACGGGCUUUUGCAUCAUCUACGUCAUGGACUGGAUUGUGCACAAAAUCUCGCCCGACUUUUCCGACGAACUCGACUUGGCCGACCUGCAGGCGCUCGAAGUCGCCGUGGACCCGACACCCCCCCACUUCCACGCCACGGGCACGCCCAUCACCAAUUGCCAGCUUGAUGAUGAAAAGAUCAUCAAGUUCAACGCCAAGUCCCGCCACCAGCUCAACAGGAUGGGGGUCCUCACCGCCGUGGCCAUUGCGAUCCACAACCUCCCCGAAGGCGUUGCCACGUACAUCGCUGCCAUGCGGGACUUGCGCGUGGGGGCGGUGCUCGCCAUCGGCAUUGCGCUGCACAACAUCCCCGAGGGCAUCGCCGUGGCCACGCCCGUGUACUUUGCCACGGACAGCCGGUGCAAGGCGUUCCUGUGGACGUUCAUCUCUGGUCUAGCCGAGCCGUUGGGGGGAGUCUUGGCAUGGCUAGUCGUGGGCGAAGGACUCAACCCCGUCGUGGAGGGCGUCAUGUUCGGCAUUGUCACGGGCAUGAUGGUCACCAUUUCCAUCAAGGAGCUCAUCCCCACGGCGGUCAAGUACUGGCCACAAGGUAGCAUCGUCACGGUGGCGAUCUUCGGGGGCAUGCUCAUCAUGGCCACCAGCUUGAUCCUCUUUGCCUACGCCGGCGUCUAA